ACAUGGGCAUUAGUUUCUUGUCUCUCCCCUGGGUCCUCCUCUCUUCUUCUUCUUCUUCUUCCUCUUCGUCUUCUUCCACGCCAUGAUCUCUCCCUUCCUUCUCUCCAAUUAGACCUCCCUCCCUCGCUCCCUCCUUCACUCCCUGUCAAUCGUCCUUCAUGGCUGACGAUAAGGAAAUGGCUGCGCCUGUUGUUGAUGGGAAUGAUGCGGUUACUGGUCAGAUCAUCUCCACCACGAUUGGGGGCAAAAAUGGGGAACCCAAGCAGACUAUUAGUUAUAUGGCAGAGCGUGUUGUAGGGACCGGGUCGUUUGGAAUUGUUUUCCAGGCAAAAUGCUUGGAAACGGGGGAGACUGUGGCUAUAAAGAAGGUCUUACAGGACAGAAGAUAUAAGAACCGAGAGCUGCAGUUGAUGCGUCUGCUGGAUCAUCCAAAUGUAAUUUCCUUGAAACAUUGUUUCUUCUCCACAACAAGUAAAAAUGAACUAUUUCUCAACCUGGUGAUGGAAUACGUACCGGAGAGCAUGUAUCGUGUUCUGAGGCAUUACAGCAGUGCAAAUCAAAGAAUGCCACUGAUCUACGUCAAACUUUACAUGUACCAGAUAUUUAGAGGGCUGGCAUACAUCCACAAUGUUGCUGGAGUUUGUCAUAGGGAUUUGAAGCCUCAAAAUCUUUUGGUUGAUCCUCUUACUCACCAGGUUAAGAUUUGUGAUUUUGGAAGUGCAAAAGUGCUGGUCAAAGGGGAAGCUAACAUUUCAUACAUAUGUUCACGUUUUUAUCGGGCUCCUGAACUUAUCUUUGGGGCCACAGAAUAUACAACGUCCAUUGAUAUCUGGUCAGCUGGUUGUGUUCUUGCUGAGCUUCUCUUGGGCCAGCCCUUGUUUCCUGGAGAAAAUGCAGUGGACCAGCUUGUAGAGAUUAUCAAGGUCCUAGGAACACCCACACGGGAAGAGAUUCGCUGCAUGAAUCCGAAUUAUACAGAUUUCAGGUUUCCACAGAUCAAAGCACACCCAUGGCACAAGAUUUUUCACAAAAGGAUGCCUCCAGAAGCAAUUGAUCUUGCUUCACGUCUGCUGCAAUAUUCACCAAGUCUUCGUUGUACAGCGCUUGAAGCAUGUGUGCAUCCCUUCUUUGACGAACUUCGGGAACCUAAUGCACGCCUGCCAAAUGGUCGCCCUUUACCACCACUUUUCAACUUUAAACAGGAAUUAACUGGGGCUUCACCAGAACUCAUCAACAAAUUGAUACCAGACCAUGUUAAGCGACAAAUGGGACUACAUAUGAUGCAUACAGCAGGGACAUAAAAUCAUACCAGUGCAAUGCAGAAUAGAUAGAUAUCUGCUAGUUGAUGUGCGGCACCAAGGAAGUACUUUGUGAAUUCCUCCUGGGCUAAGGACCUGUCCAGCUUUCUUUUCCAAUCUACCAUGACCGACUCAUACAGUAAUCGGCUGCUGGAUGGCUGCACUUUCCAAUUCAUUUUCUUGUCUAGUUUACCUCCAUCCUUCUUUCCAUUCCAUCAUUUCCUUUUCUAAAUGCCUUUUUCCUGAUGUACAUGUUUCAUAGUGAAGAUAGAGUAAGCUGGACUGAUCAGAAAGCUGCUAGCUGAGGAUAAAGUUGAGGAGAUAUGUGUAUGUGUAGCUAGAAGGUAGAAUGGCCUAAGGCAAGGGGGAGGCCAUUUGGUUUUUGAGCUUGGUUCAUUUUCAUGUUGUUCCCUGUAGUUGUUGUGGUGGGUUUAUUGUGGCUGACUUGAAAUUGCAGACAAAAUUGUUACGACUCUUGUUUGUGCAAAUGUAAUGCUAUGGCUCUCUCUUUAUUUCCCACUUUGCUUUUCUCUGUUUAGACUAAAGAUUGAAUGCCUCA